AGCCAUGUCAAUUUCAUACAUCAACAAACCAACGGCCUGCCGUUUUGCAAAAAAGUCACCAAUUCUCUUCUUCUUGCUGCUCAUCCUUCUCGUCUCCUAGGUUCUCGCCCAUCCCACCGAACACGCGUUUAGACUGUACUCCGUAGACAACAGACAUCAAUACGCGCGAACCACAACCAAGAUACUACUACCCAGAAGCCUCACGAUGCGCAUCAACAACCUCCUCGCCAUCCUCGGCUCAACAGCGCUCGCCGCCGCCGCCUCCGCGCCAGCCGUAACACCCUUCCUCACACAACCAGGAACCCAACCAACAACCCUCGUCCCACAACCAUCCUCCUCCGCCGCCCCAGCAGUUCCAGCACCACCAGCAUCCUCCCCAGGAUCUUCCUCCUCCUCCUCCUCAUCAGCAACAUCAAACUCUUCCUCCGCAGCAUCAGCCUCCCUCUCAACAAUAACAUCCCGCCCCGCGGCAACCAAAACAAUCUCCCUCGCCCCCUCAAAGACAAACAUCUACCAAGAGUGCGGCGGCCUCCGCCCGACGCCCAACCCCUGCCCCGCCAGCUUCGAGUGCAUCGACGAUCCCUUUCGCAAGGGCUGCGGCCUGGCGUGCGAUCAGACCGGUAUCUGCGUCGUGCCCAUCAUGUGCGGCGGCAUCGCGGCCAUCAAGUGUCCCGCCGGCAAGUGGUGCGUCGAUGAUCCGCGGGAUGACUGUCACCCGCUUCAGGGAGGUGCCGACUGUGCUGGGCUUUGUGUUUGAGUCUGGAGGGGGG